AUGGCGUCAGAUGGCAUGCUGUCCCUCUCAUGGAACAAUCACAAAGCCACCUUCUGUCACAUUCUCUCCACACUGCGAGAAAAGGAGAGAUACACAGAUGUAACGUUAGCAUGUGAGGGAAAGUUUUAUCCAGUGCAUAAACUUGUGUUAUCAACGUGCAGCGAAUACUUUGAAAAGAUGUUUGAGCACACGCCUUGUAAGCAUCCUGUAGUGGUUCUCAAAGACAUUAAGUGUGCAGACAUGGAGGCAUUACUGAGCUAUAUGUAUGAUGGCGUGGUGAGUGUGCUUCAGCAGGACUUAGCGCGGCUAAUAAAGGCUGCUGAGUUGCUACAAAUAAAGGGCUUGGCUGUACCUGAUGAACCUCCCUUGAAAGAACUGAGCAAAAAAAAUGCAUAUCCAUGGAGCUCGCGGGAUGACCGAAAGUCCAAUCAAAGCUGGGACCAUUCCAAGUCUCAUAGUCAAGACCAAAGAGAAGAUGGGGUAGACCAGCGGGUGGGUGAUCCAGUGGAGCCAGCGGUGGAGUUCAGCUCCCCCAAGCAGGAAGCCUCGCACAAUCAGGAACCAGUUGAUGAAUCUCUAGUCAAAGAAGAAGUUAUUGAAGGUUCAGAGGACAACCAGGGAGAAGGAAUGGACUCCAGGAUAGAAUAUGGAGGCAUGGGUGGAGGGGACUCCAACACAGGAGGGGAAGAGCAGGGAAGCAAGUUCCCUCACCAGUUAGAUACCAAACACCCACAACCCCUACAUGAGGCGGUCGUGGAGGCUCUGGCAGGACCUUCUGGCAUGCAGGGGUGGCUUGGAACCGGCGAACUUGGUGGUGGUUUCUCCAUGCUGGAAGGAUACAGUGAAGACGGGAACCAGGAGGUGCACCCAGCUUCCACAGGUCCCCAUGGCACACAGCAGUCACACCAGAUGGUGUUGCUGUUAAAUGAGAGUCAAAUGUCUGACGUCAACGAGGAAACAAGUACUAGGAAGACCUCCAUUGGCAGAAGGAACGUUAUGCGGUGUACACAGUGUUCAUUCGUCGCUGUCGACAAUCGCGCCCAUUUCCUUGAGCACUGGCGCACCCAUGAGGGAGAAAAGCCAUUCUCCUGUCCUGAGUGCCCCUAUCAGACAGCUGACCCCUCACACCUAAAGCGACACCUGCGUAUUCACACGGGCGAGAAGCCAUACUCCUGCCCGCACUGCUCCUACCGCUCCAGUGAGAACGCUAAAGUGAAAAGACACCUGCUUACUCACAAGUUUGGCUGGCAAGUGAGAGGCCCGAGGAAAGGGGGCCACACCCUGAGACAGAAACAUUGCAUCAGAUACCACUCGAGUCCUACACCGUGUCUGGCUCCAUUGGCACAGCAGGGAGUCCACAGAAUGCCAGUAGUGCCAGAAAAUUCUUCUGUGCCCAGUGCUCUUACAGCACAACUCUCAGGCAACAUGGCGAGACACGUCCAAAUCCACACUGGGGAAAAGCCCUUUGCCUGUCCUCUGUGCCCUUACCGAUCACAUGAAAAGCCAAAGAUUAAGAGACAUAUGAAAAUUCACCUCAUGUAGCUAUGGACAUCAGAUGCAUCAACAAAAUGUACAAAAGUGGGAUUUUAAAGCAAUAAAGAGUGUAUUGAA